GCUUUAUCCGGCACAAAAAAAGGAGCAGAUAUUCUGCAAGAACAAAUUGUCACAUUAAACUGUCACAUUUUCAUGUCACAUGAAAAUGUGACGGUUUGAUAUGACUCCAAGUGGGGCACAUAAAAAAAAAAAGUGAUUGAGGGUUGAUCUUACGACGCUUUAUGAGGGAAGCGACAAAAAACAAGCGGUAGCUUAUCUUUAUCGAGUUUUAUCUAUAAUCUGAAGAGCGCGUUGUAAUUAUGUCUCUUGUAAAAUAUACGAGUUAUAUCCUCAGGCGAACCUACACAAUCGAAGAGACAUAUCUGUCCGCAGCGAUGUGACACGAUAGCCGAGAGAGAAAAAUAGGAGGGGAGAGUCAAUAAGGGUAACGAUAAAGGUGAGUAAUGUAUGAUUUGACUACGUAAAACAAAUGCCUGUAUGAAGAAGACUGCGAGGGAUCUGUUGUCAGUGUUAAAUGGUAUAAAUAAGAGGACACACGUGCCUUCGUGCAAACAUGCUGAUUCGUCAAUUCUCCCUCGUGGCAUUAUUGUUCCUGAACGCGGCAUCGAGCAAUGACAGCCGAUGGUGCAGCGCUCUGGAAUUUUGGAGCAGUGUCGUCUGCUCCAUGGAGAAUUCCAAAGUCGUGAAUUUGCACGGCGUGCUCGGCGGUAAUAAAGAGCCGACACUUUUCGAGAGAUGCUUGAAGGCGUUUAUGCACAGCGUCGCGCGAAAGUGCGAGACAACGAUCGUAUUGAAGACCUACGUGCCUCGCGAUGCGGGAAAUACAUCUUUUGUCGACAACAAUAGCAUUGUUCGCAGAGCAAUAGAACGAUCAUUGAUCUGGAAGAUUGCAGGAAGUUCUGGCGACGCGCUUGUCUCUCCGGCACCGUCAUCGGCGAGCGAAAGAAUCCACGCGCGAAACGUCAAAGCCUUUGGCGGAAACACGUGGAAUGUACACGUAAUUCUCACGAGCGACACCCGUUCCCUGGAACAGAUCUCAAAGAAUGGCUCGACAUUCGAAUGGAAUGCGCAGGAUCGAUUUAUCGUGCUGAUCGCGCGCUGCGAGAGCCACGGACCGCUGAGCGUCGAGUCGUACUCGAAAAUCGAUGAUGUCUUAAGGACGUUGUGGUCCGAGCGUAAGAUGUACAGAGUUUCAGUUUCCGAGACAAUUCUCGUAAAUGACACGAUUCCAAUUAAUCAAGUUGUUCGCACAUACAAUCCGUUCGCCAAAGUUAACGAUUCUGCGUGGGGUAAAAUUGAAAUCACAAACGUAGAAACGGCGGAGGAGACGGCCAGCAUGCUAUCGCGCUCAGCGCACCGUUGGACGAGCAAUAUGAAUGAAUACAAAUUAAAAGUCGGCAUGUUCACGCAGGGGCAAACGGUGGAAAAAGAGAACGAAUCGAGUUCGCAGAGUCGUUCCGAUGUUUUCAAAGAGUUGGAUGAAAUUAUGCUGAAAACGAUAUCGCAGCAAAUGAAUUUCACGGCGAAAAUAAUGGAUCCGACAGAUAACCUAUGGUUCGGCUAUCAAUUAAGCAACGGGACGUACACCGGUGCGCUAGGUGACGUGGUGCACGGUAGAGCCGACAUCUACUUCGAGUCGUUUUUCGUGAAGAAAUACAGCAUCAAUUUGCAGCGCGCGGAGGACGUGGACUUCUCCGUCUACUUCGACUUCGACCGCUUGUGCGUGGUGGUUCCGAAAGCGCACAAGGUGCCCAAGUGGCUUCGUAUCUAUCACUUCUUUCCGCUCUCGAUUUGGAUCGGCACGACGUUGACGUACAUCGUCAUGUGCGUGAUGUGGUGCUUCCUGCAAACCUUCACCCCGGGAAGAAAGGAGAGAGUGGGUUUCCGCGCAACGGUGUAUCGAUCGUUUCUGCUGAACGCCGGCUGUCCCCAAAAAUUGCCGGAUACAAACGCCGAAAGGAUAUUACUGUCGGGUAUUUUCCUCGCAAACGUCACCCUAGUCGGGAUCUUCAGUGGGAUUUUGUACAACAGCUUUGCGCACGACAUGUAUUACCCGGACAUAGACAGUCUUCAGGAUCUCGACGCUUCGAGGCUACCCUUGCUACUGACUUCUAUCAGCUUAACCGACAUCUUCGGUUCCGGCAACGAGAGCGAUACGACGCCGGUGAUGAAAAGCUUGCGAAAAAAAUUGGAAUACGGUGAGAACUCUGUGAAGAAGAUAGCUGCUUAUCGCAAUGUUUCCGGCUUCAUUCGGAAGAAUCACCAACCGAUUUUUAACGAGGAAUUUAUCGACGAAGACGGCAGCCCGUUGCUUCAUCUCGUACAAGAAUGCCCAGGUGCGUUCUACUUGUCCUACUUGCUACCAAUAAAUUCAAUUCUACGCGAAAGGCUGAACACGUUGAUCGGCCGAUUGAAUCAAGCCGGUUUGCCGAUGCUGUGGGAGAACCACGUCACAGCAGAAUUGAUCGCUUCCAAAAGAUUAUUGGCGAAAAAGAAGUUGACUCAUCACGAGAACGGCUUUGUGCCGUUCAAUCUGUCCGACGUGCAAUCAUCCUUCUACAUGCUGUUAAUGGGAUUAUCGGUAGCGAUAAUAGCAUUUUUUCACGAGAGAGGCUGGUUAAAAACAGCGUUGCUGCACGUCGGAAAGUUGAGCUCUAAGUCUAUGCGCUAAUUAUCGAGCGGGCCGAGUCGGGUGCGGUAACGAAGAAUUUUUUUUUUUUCAUUGUUUUAUUAUUCUUACGCUGCCAUCUUCUCCCGCACGAUAAUCCUUCUCCUAUCCGAGGGAUAGAUCCCUCGACGUUAAUACGCAGUUGAGCUAUAAUAAGAGAUCAGCGGAUCCAAUUUACUAGAGUUUUAUCUUUUUCUCUUCGGAGAACAGGAAAAUCCGCGUGAGAUUAAUAUUACUGCCGUAAUAUUUUGAUAUCAAUAAGAUUAUUGAAACCCACAAAUCAGAUGACACGUACACUCCGUUGCGAGCCGAAUGUAAAUUAUAAUACUGCAGAGAAGUAUACUGAAAUUAAAAUAAAAUUCUUUCUCCCGCA